AUGUCGGGUUCGUUUUGGAAGUUUAGUAACGGCUUCACUUCAUUGUCCAACAUCACCACCAUCCUUGAGAACUACAUAUCGGAGGAGAAAAACCAGGAAUUGUCUGGAUCUGAGCGAGAUAGAAGCACAGAAGAGAAGGACAGAUAUGACGUUUUGAUGAAACUUUUGGAUGAGAGCGAUCUUCUUCAGGAACUAUUGUCCAACAACCCGAUGUUGUUGGAGUUUUUGAGGAACGAAGAAGUUUUGAAAAUGUUGGUGGAGAUUGUCAUGAAGGAGGAGAACUCAGAGUGUAAUCUGCUAGAGGAAGCGGAGAAGCCUCUGGGAAAAGGUGCCGAGCAUGAACUGGAGGAUGAUCCGGAAGCCGGGGAUGAGAAGAAGGAGGAGUCACAGCCUGAUAUCAACGCAGGCGAAAGUGAAAGCGCAAGCGCAAAAACAGAUGCAGAUGCAGAUGCAGAUGCAGACGAAACGGAGGAGGAAACCGCCGCUGAGAAAUUCAAAAGGCGGUCGAACUUGGCAUCGGAGAUCUUGAGUGCAGAUGUGUGGUCUUUGACCGACACAGUCAUGGAAUCUACCGCAAAUCUCAACAAAUUAUGGAGCGUGUUGGACAGCAAGGAGUCGCUAGAUAUCCAUGUGUCGACGCACUUUAUGAAAAUAAUGGAGCACUUGCUCGACAUGAAAUGCGACGAGAUGAUCACCUAUCUCAUUGAGAACCAGCCAAACUUGGUUGAAAAAUUUAUCAACCACUUGUCGAACCCGCCUUUAAUGGAUUUUUUGCUCAAGUUGAUAUCGACGGACAAGCCAGACAACUCCACGGGGAUAAUAGAUUUUUUGCAGAAUCAACAAUUAAUAACGCGGUUGAUUGACGCGUUGGAUGAGCCGGAUGAGCCGCGGGGUGGCGGCGACGACGACAACAACAACAACAACAACAAGAGUGCCGAAAUAGAGCAAAGCAGCGCGGCAGACUUUUUAAAGGCAUUGAUCACCAUAUCGGCGAAUUCAACCGCCGACAAUUCAACGAUUGGCCCAAACGAACUUACUAGAGAACUAGUUUCCGAGGAGAAAAUAUCUGCGCUUUGCAAGAUUAUGCUAAAAGGCGGCUACGCCUUGGCCAAUGGCGUGGGGAUAGUCAUUGAGAUAAUACGGAAAAAUAACUCAGACUAUGACAUUUUACCAGUUUUGUACAUCACCUUGGAAAGCCAUCCGCCCACUGGUCGCGAUCCCAUAUAUUUGGGCCAUUUGCUCCGCGUUUUUGGAGAGAAUAUCCUGAAAUUCAACGAGUUGUUGAUGAUGGAUGAUCUGGAUUCGAAACUAAGGACCCCGUUUGGAGUGAUUGAGCCGUUGGGGUUUGAGAGGUUCAAGAUUUGCGAAUUGGCUGCAGAGUUGCUUCAUUGUUCCAACAUGGCGCUUUUGAAUGAUAAUAAAGGGUUCAGUGUCGUGAAGGAACGCGACGACCUCCGGGUUAAGAUGAAGGAGUUUGACCCGGUGAGCUUCAAAUAUAAUGAGACGAUAAUCUUGCCUCGAGAUGACAAUCUUAGUGAAGCCGACGAAGAGCCCAAGACCGACUCUGUUGUUGUUGUUGAUGACAACGAUGAUAAUAGUGAUGGUGAUGGUGAUGACAAUGAUGAUGAUGAUGACGAUGAUGAGAUGAAAGUAGGCGAAGAGAUCAACGAGGAUGAACCGCACGCAAACUCCAACUUGUCGGAAGAGCAAAUCAGAUCAAACCCCGUGGUUGGAGAUUUUUUGAAAAUCGCGCUUUUUGACACCCAGAUCAUUUCCAAUAUCCUUUCCAUGUUUUUCCGAUUUCCGUGGAACAACUUUCUCCACAAUGUUGUAUUUGAUAUCGUGCAACAAGUAUUGAAUGGAUCGAUGGAUAUUGGUUUCAACAAGUUCCUCGCCAUCGACUUGUUUCAUCUGGCAGACAUCACCAGCAAGAUCAUUGAAGGACAAAAGUUGUGCACCGAUUACGAAGUGAGCCACAACGGGUUGAGGUUGGGGUUUAUGGGCCACUUGACUUUGAUUGCCGAGGAAGUUGUCAAGUUUGUGCAGCUUUUCCCUUCAAAUACUCUCAGCGAGUACAUUAACGAAAAAAUUGAACGUGAGGUUUGGGAGGAUUAUGUGAGUCACGUGCUUUACGACACGAGGGAGAAAUAUAAUGCUAUACUAGGGGGAAAUGAAGAGGAUGAAGAGGAUGAGAAAGAUGAAGAACCUACAACUUUCGACGAAGGCUUGGGCGAGAUUAUCGAGGAGGUGAAAACGGGGUUGGUGUUUCCCGAUGAUGAUGACGACUACGACGACGGAGAAGUAGAAGGAGAAGGAGUAGGAGAAGAUGAUGGAGAAGAACAUGAAGAAGGAGCAUCAUUUUCAAAAGGAAGCACUAAAAACAACUUCUCAGGCUCAAAGAAAGAUUUAUGGGACAGUGACGAAUCUGAAUCAGACGAGGACGACCAAUCGAAUGCGCAUGCUGGUGCAAGCGAGAAAGAACAGUUGAGCUCCAAAAAGGAGGAGCAGGAGAACGAGGAGAAGGAAAAAGAGAGCGACCUUGUUGACCCUGUUGACCCUGAGAAGAGUGGAAACCGCGAGGAAGAAGAUUAUAUCGACCCCAAUGAUGACGGCAUGCUGUACAAAAAGUCAAACCCUUUAUAUGACAAUUUGGGCAUCUUGAAGAAGCAGAACUUUUCUGAACAAGAAGACGAAGAAGAAGAAAAAGAAGAAGAGGAAGAACAACACCAAGAAGAAGAAGAAGAAGAAGAAGAAGAAGUAGAAGGAAGCGAAAAGACCAAAGACGUUGUUGCCGGUCGGAAAGCAUCUCAAGCAAAAAAUAAAAAAAGAGGGAAAAAAAAAAACUUAAAAGGUUGA